AUGGAGGGAAAUGGAGAAUUUCUUUUAAAAGAAUCACCGACUGAUGGGAUCUCUUCUUUGACAUUCAGUUCAGCGACCGAUAGCAAUGCUCUGUUAGUAUCGUCAUGGGACAAAAGCGUUCGCUUAUAUGAUGUGGACAGUAAUAGCUUACAAGGCAUCCAUAAUGCAAAUAUGCCUGUCUUGGAUUGCUGCUUUUACGAUAAAUCGCGUGCAUACAGCGGUGGAUUGGAUUGUAAAGUGAUAUGCUACGAUUUCAACUCAUCGUUUGAAAAAGUGAUGGGCAAACAUGAAGAUGCUGUCAGAUGUGUUGAAUACUGCCCUGAAGUCGGAGUGAUUAUUUCUGGUAGCUGGGAUAAAAAUGUUAAGGUAUGGGAUCCUCGACAUCAGCAGCCGGUUAUUACAGCUGCUAAUCCAGAACGAGUUUACACAAUGUCUUGUGUCGAUGAAAAACUAAUCGUUGGUACGGCUGCUCGCAAAGUAUUGGUGUGGGAUCUAAGAAAUAUGAACUUUCCUCAACAACGACGAGAAUCGAGCUUAAAGUAUCAAACAAGAUGUAUACGUUGCUUUCCAAAUAAGCAAGGAUAUGUACUAAGUUCAAUAGAAGGACGGGUAGCGGUCGAAUACUUCGAUCCCAGUCCCGAAAUUCAAAAAAUGAAAUAUGCCUUCAAAUGCCACAGAGUAAAGGAUUCUGGAAAUGAAAUUAUUCAUCCAGUUAAUGCAAUAUCAUUUCAUAAUGGUUAUAAUACAUUUGCAACUGGUGGAUCUGACGGUUUCGUAAACAUUUGGGAUGGAUUUAACAAGAAACGAUUAUGCCAGUUUCAUCGAUAUCCAACUAGUAUAGCAUCAUUAUCAUUUAAUGCCACCGGGACAUUAUUGGCCAUCGCCUCAUCAUACUUAUACGAAGAAGAUAAAGACGAGUCCCCUGCUCCAGAUUCGAUUUAUAUACGGCGGAUAUCAGACGCAGAGUGUAAACCAAAAUAA